AUGCACGAGAUUGAAGGAUUAUUGUCGAGUAGAAGCAUAGACGUCUGCCUAAUACAAGAGCCAGCCGCCGACUGCAAAGGGAUCUAUCUGUUCGACAGACGUCCGUACAGGGUAGUAGCGAGCGGUCCCGGGUCUAAAGCCGCCAUCGUAUUCGCGAACCCCGCAGUCGGCAUCCUGAGCUUGCAGCAUCUCAGUACUCCCCAUAUUGCCGUAGCCGUGCUCACUGUUGGAAAUCUCCGCUUAGUGCUGAUAUCAGCGUACUUUCAAUUUUCGGAGCCAACACAGACGUGCGUUGACGCGCUCGAGUCCGUACUGGACUCGGUGAGUGGCAACGUAUUAGUCUGCGCGGACGUGAACGCACGGUCUACGCUUUGGCACGACCGUCUCUCGGACGACCGCGGAGAGAUUGUCGUGGACCUCAUAGGUCGGAAAAACCUUAAUGUCAACAACCUAGCGGGCAACGUGCCUACAUUUAGAAAUCGGGGGUCUGCGUGCUUGGACGUGACGCUCACGUCUCACGGCGUGAACGUGGUGGACUGGACCGCAGUCCACGAUUAG